UUCUGGCGCUUCCUAUCCAGAAAUCUGUCUGCCCGCAUCGCUCAAGUUGCUUCCCUGUAGCUGGUUGAGUCCCGCUUCGUGCAACCGCGUGAGUGAGUCUCUUCCCUUCCUCUACGCCUCGAUCCGUCCAGCAUAUAAGUGGCUCGCGCACUUCCGGGCUUCGUUCUGGUCGCAUGUUAUCUUCCAAGAUAGCAGUGUGUAAUUCCGGUGGCCCCCGCCGCAUCUGCACGUGCUCCACUUCUUGGAGUGAAUUGUGGCCUGGCACUACUGUCGUCUGACCGUAGCUGUUUGAUGUCACGAUGCCGUUGAAACAUGCGAUGCAGACUGAAUACAAUUCAAAUCACCUAGUCUGGUCGCAUUUACAAAUAAGCCAAGUUCUAUUACUGACUGGGAGGCCAGAUCUACAGGCUUCUCCAAUAUCAGCUACAACACUUCACCAUAACCACCCACCAUGCCGUUGGAAGCGAAGGAAAUCGAGCUUAAGGCCAAGGCCUUGACUAAGGCGGCCACCCAGAACGAGCCGGCCGCCAAUAUCGUCUCUCUGCUCAAAGAACUACAACAAGGCGUCAAAGCGACGGAGGAUCUGCUGCGCUCGACGCGCGUGGGUAUCAUUGUCAACAAGUUCAAGCAGCACAAGGCGCCCGAGGUGGCCCGCCUGUCGAGCGAAAUCGUAUCGAAGUGGCGCAACGAAGUCAACAAGCAGAAGGCAGGCGCAUCGCCCGGCCCUAGCCAGCGCUCGAGCAGUUCCCCCCGGCCCACGCCCAAUGGCACCGCCGCCUCAACGCCCUCGGAUAAGACAUCGAAGCUAUCCGUGCCGCCGGAUAAACGCACGUGGAAGGCAGACGGGGUGGACGUGAACCAGACCUCCAACCGGAUUCGCGACAGCUGCAUCGGGCUGAUGUACGACGGUCUGUGUUUCGGCUCGAUGGAAGCGCCGCGCACGGUGCUGGCCAAGGCCUCCCAGGUGGAGACGGCGGCGUUCAGCGCCUUUGGGCCGGAGACCAAGGAACAGUACCGCACCAAGAUCCGCAGUUUGUACCAAAACCUGAAGAACAAGUCGAACCCGAUGCUGCGGGUGCGGGUGCUGAGCGGGGAGGUGACGGCGGAGCAUUUUGUGAAGAUGACGCACGACGAGCUGCGGUCGGCAGAGCAGCAGGAGCGCGACCGCAAGAUCCAGAAGGAGAACAUGGACAAGGCGAUGGUGGCGCAGGCGGAGCGCAGUAUUAGUACCAGUCUGCAGUGUGGAAAGUGUGGCCAGCGCAAGGUGACCUAUACCGAGGCGCAGACGCGCAGUGCGGAUGAACCGAUGACCCUAUUUUGUACUUGUAUGAAUUGUGGAAAAUCAUGGCGGCAGUAGCCGUUUCCUAUGCCUAUUUUUGGUGCAUGUGUUUACCUGGGUGCAUGUGUUUACUCUUGUUCUAUAUCUUAUCUGCGACUGGAGGCGGCGUGGAGUUUUUAUUUUCUGGUUGAUCCAAAAACAUGGAUGUUUUUUCUUUU